CAAUAUUUAUUGCAUACAAAACUGUGAAUACCCGCUUCGGUCGGCGUCGAUUUGCCGAAUUGCGGGCGUGUUGCUGUUGCAUCGAGUGAAAUCGAGUCGUAGGUCAGCCUGACAACGGAAUGAACGAUCGUCACACCCUACAAAAUGACGUAGGAAAACCAUCUGGGCCAAAGAAGCGUCGUUCUCUAUUUGAAUUGAGAAGAGAUCGUUUUGACGAUCAGACUGAUACGAUGAGUAAGAAAGAAUCAUUAAAAAAUGGUUCAAAUUGUGGUCCGGUUAAGGUAGGCCUCAAAACACAGAGAAAAAGCACUUCUUCAAGUUCUCCGAGUUCUCAGAGUUCCCGGAGCAAUCAUAGUUCUCCUGUAGGAGAUGAAGGAGUUGAAUUUCUUCGACACAGAGGAGGAUCUCUGUCUCCUAAUCUUUACCCAGAUCUUGACGAAUUCAAGGAAGUCAACGAUAAGCUUGAUAUAUACAGAUCGACUUCCAACGCCAAUCGGUCUAGAGAUACUUCAAGCUCCAGUAUCGGUUCUAAGCCGUCGAAUGAUCGUUUUUCUCCAAAAUUUACCCCCGAAUCAAAAAAAUAUCCGAAACGGAAUGAAGACAAACAAUCGAAUACGUUCAUGCGUGCCUUUCUAGUUGUUUUUUUUUUGUUAGCGAUAGUUGGGUAUUCUUAUCUUCCGCAUUCGCAAAAUAGCAACGCUAAGGUCGACUCUGAUGUAUUCGACGAUGUGAAUUCAAAGAUAAAUGACAUAGUAAAACUUUUUCCAUCACAAGACGAAGGUAUUUGGUCAUAUUUCACGGCUGGCAUAGCAGAAGUAAAAAAUAAAAUGCACAGACCUGCGAUAUUUUUACUAUUGGCAAGUAACGAUGAUACUACAGCCAUUUGCUUAGCUAAAAAGGUGGCCGAAGUAACUCGAUCUACUCUUGGAGGUACCGGCAACGCAAUACUAGGUCCGGGUCAGCUGGAAAAUGAUAUUGACAAAGUAUUCAAAUUGAUAAAAGAGCAAGUCACGAGAACCAAAACUGUGAUUCUUUUGGACUUGCUGAACCUUCAACCACAGGCUAUUAGGGCAUUGCACGAUAUAUGCGAUCCGGACAAUCCACUGGUCGAGGAGGCUGUAUAUCUGAUUAUUAUGAAAUCAGAGUUAUACAAAGAAUCUGAAAAAUUGGUUGCUUUUGCCGAGCAGCAACUUAACAAUAGUUUUUUAAGUGUUAUAAGUCAGGAUAUAUUGCGUCCAUUAAUUACCAGGAUCACUGCAGGCGCGGUACUACCUGUUAGGGCAGAAAAGAAUUUACCGUGUUCAAAAUACGAUAUGUCAUAGCUUGACGGUGCUCACCGAUAUUUGUACAUAUUUAACAAUGUGAUGCUUAACAUGUGAUUCUUCCGUGAUCAUUAUUUAUAGUCUUUGUUGAUAAUAUUCAACCAUAAAAUCUUAUACGUAUUGUCGCUUUUAUCAAAUUUUUUUUUAAAUCAUCCCAAGUGCCGAGAAUUAGUUCUACACAUUAAAUUUGUAAUUAUUUCAAGUAUUAAUACCAUAAUAUAAGUAAUUGGAGA